AUGGCAAGGGGGCGGGGUCGACAUACGGGCUCCGACAUCUCCUCUGCAUCUGAAGCCUCCAACGACAUGCUGUCGUCCAUGGCGUCACACUCGCUUCCUCCAAAUGAGACCAGAUCGCUCGAGGCCGCAGAGGGACGCUGGUCUGGGAGGGAGAAGUGGACUGGAGAAACCUCUCUGAGCGGAGAGAGUGAGAACUGGUUGCCUCCUGGGUAUAAAUAUCACUUCUGCACCUAUCGUUUGUGCACUACACAAGGUGAUUCACACCUGGACCACACAAGUUUUGAGGCAUCACUAAGAAUUGCGUUGACAGAGAUUUGUGAAGUAAAAGAAUGGGUGAAAAAGCUUAGUGAAUCAUCAGGAGUGAGUUGGAGAGUGGCAGUGACAAAACCAAAUAAGGGACAACGUGUGCUUUAUAAGGCUCAUUAUAGGUGCCAGCACAAUGUUUAUGUCCGAUCAGACACGGCUAAUCAAAGACGGCUGUCAAAAAAUACAUGCUGUGAGGCAAAACUGAUUUGCACUCUGGUGAAGACUACAGACAAAAGGGGAGGAACUAGUAGAUACAGGAAGUUCCUGACCUAUCUACAGAGUCUUUACAGUCGACGUGAGAGUUGGGCUCUCAGCUAUAGGAGGGACUUGCCAACACGUGGCAACCAAACAAAUAACUAUGUGGAGGCUGCAAUGCGUGUCUUGAAAGACAAAAUACUUCAAAGGACAAAAGCAUUCAACCUGCCUCAAUUAUUCAACCUUUUCAUCACCCGACUAGAGAUGUACUAUAAAGCACGUGUGACAGACGUUGCACUUGGCCAUUGGGAGGCAUUCCACCGGUCAAGAUUACUUGCUACACAAAGUAAUAUAAAAGCAUCUGAUAUUUCUCAGGUUGGAGAAAAGACAUUUCAGGUGAGAUCGUCCACAUCAGGGCACACCUAUACAGUGGACAUGGAGUUGGAGCUCUGCACUUGUCCAGUUGGCCAUAGUGGGGCACCAUGCAAACACCAGGCAGCAGUAGUGCAAAAUUACAACAUCACCUCCAUCAACUUUCUCCCCACAACAGCUGAAAUGAGGGCUAAGCUGCUGAAAAUAACAAAAGCCUCAGUUUCUCUUGACUUUCUAAACCCUUUACGGCAAAAUAUGCCAACGCCAAGCACAUUAGCUCCAGACAUGCCUCCCAGGCAAGAAACCUGCACUAUUGAUCAUCAGUAUCAUCUCAGUGCUCAAGAUGAUGAGUCACAUCAGCUGGACCUGUCUUCCACCAGCUCUGCACAAUUGCGCCAAACAUCACCUAUGCAAGAGGACUCAUACUCCAACCAACCCUGUGUACAGGUUAACUCAGAGGGAGGUGAGACCAUGAAGCUUAGAGAUCUGAAAUGUCCGCAGACGGGUGUGAGCUGUGAAGAUGGAGUCCGCAGCAGCAUCCUGGAAAUGGUCCAAUUCCGUCUGACUGCAGCAGUGAGGGUCGUGAUGGACAGCAGAGACAGGUGA